AACCUGAAAUUAAAAAAAGAUAACCUAUGAAAAAUGACUUGAUCUUGAAAAUAAAAAAAAAAAAAAAAAAAGACCACUUCAAUACAUUGAAAUAGUCAUAGUUUUGGAGAUAAAACCCGCUGAUGCAAGAUUAGGAAAAAUAAAUGGUAGGUGGGUGAUAGUUGUUAAAGAAUGAGUAGACCUGAGAUUAAAAAAAAGCUAACCUAAAAAAAAUGACUACACCUUGAGAUUAAAAAAAAAUGUUUUAACCUAUGAAAAAUGUUGCUAUUGGAUAACUUUGUAACAAACUUAUUUUCCCAGAUAAAAUAAUAAUAAUAAUAAUAAUAAAGUAAACAAAAAAUCUUAAUAACUAACUGAGGACCCUCUAUCUAUAAAUAGUCACCUCCCCCAUGAUAGAUUUAUGAGCCUUAUCCAAGCAACCCUACAAAGAAGUUGAAAAUGGGCAAUCACUUCCUUCUGGCCGCAGCUAUCUUGGCUUUUGCAUUCUCACUAGCAUAUGCCUCCGACCCCGACCCUCUUCAGGACUUUUGUGUUGCUAUUAAUGACCCCAAUUCAGCUGUGUUCGUGAAUGGAAAGUUUUGCAAGAACCCGAACCUGGCCACAGCCAAUGAUUUCUUCUUUCCAGGGUUGCAAAUUGCUAAAAACACAUCGAAUCCAGUUGGGUCAGCAGUGACUCCAGUAACUGUUGAUCAAAUAGCAGGACUCAACACUCUUGGCAUAUCCGCAGCCCGAAUUGACUUCGGAGUAUAUGGCCUAAACCCACCCCACACGCACCCACGCGGAUCUGAAAUCUUUGUUGUCUUAGAAGGUACCAUCUACGUUGGGUUCGUCACCUCCAAUCCUAACAACACUCUCUUCACUAAGGUCUUGAAUCCUGGUGAUGUUUUUGUGUUCCCAAUUGGUCUCAUUCACUUCCAACUCAAUGUUGGAAAGACUAAUGCAGUAGCUUUGGCCGCCCUGAGCAGCCAAAACCCGGGAGUCAUCACCAUUGCAAACGCGGUCUUUGGAUCGAAACCACCCAUUUCUCCGGAUGUUCUAAUCAAGGCAUUCCGACUGGACAAGAACGUUAUUGACUAUCUUCAAUCCCAGUUCUGGUAUUACAAUUAG